UACACAACUAAAAAACUUAAGCCAUUUAAUAGAAAUUAGAUGGAAUGAAAUAAAUGGAACACCAAGUUGUACAGUUAUCACACUAGUUACUAUACUGUUGACAUCUUAAGACAUUAUUCAAAAACGAAAAUUCAGAUCACAAUAAAUGCAUAGUUCGCAACUCGUGAAUGGGUGUUUAGUCAACGUUAAGUUGGUUAUCCAGCAACAAGUAUUCACAAAUAAUUCGUAAUUACCUAAAUCACCUUUAGCUCAAAUUGUUCUAACCCCUUGUUUCUCUUUUUUUUGUUGAAAAAAACACAUGUAACUACACGUAACUACAGCUCUUCCUUUCUUCAAUGAAUAAUAAAAGAUCAAAUGAUGUUAGUAUCAUUCCUAAAUCAGAUAUUCGUCAAUUGAUUAGAGUUACAAAGCCACAAGCUCAACGGACUAUUGAUCAUCCUCAUGUGAGAUAUAAUCAACUCGGUCGGAUAUCAUGCAUUCUAUGUGGUGUGCAAAUCAAAUCAGAAUUUGCUUGGACUGCACAUAUACUCAGCAAGUCGCAUAAACAAAACGAACUACGUGGAAUCCAAUUGCCCACUAAACGUCCUACUACAGGAGCCAAAGCAAUUGACGAGGUAACCUGUAAAUCGGCGAAAGUUGAAAACGAAGUUAAGUCAGACGAGAAAGAUUCGGAUGCUAACCAACACAACAACUUACCAACGUUAAUUCCCAGUGAAAAAAUAUGUGAAAAAAAUCCUGCAGAGAAAAAAGUAGAAUCGCAAUCUCAACUCCCAGAAGGUUUUUUUGAUGACCGAUAUAAGGAUGCAAAAGUUCGAUGUGUUCCAUAUAAGGAUAAAAUGGCAGAAGAGUUGGAACUUUUUCAAAAAGAAAUGAUUGCUCUGGAAAAGCACUCAGAAGAAAUCAUGGAAAAAGAAAGUGAAGCAUCAGUAUCUGAACGAAAUUUGGCUGAAAUAAAUGAACAAAUAAUGAAAUGGGAAAAAAUCAAACAAUUAGAAAAUGAAAAAGAUUUAUACGAAAUGCGAUUAAAGAAAAAACUAACAGACAGUAUAAAUCAAUUUAAAAAACUCGAAAACCAUAUAGACAUCAAGAUAAAAAAGGAACAAUGCUACACAGAAGACGAUGGUGACGGUGAUUAUAAUAAUAAUAAUCAUGGUGGUGAUGAUGAUGAGGAUGAUAAUGAUGAUGAUGAAGACAAUAUCUCCGAUGAAUUAAAUAAUUUCCGAACAAAAAAUACAAUUUAA